CCCCUCACGGCCCCCUGGAUCUCCCCGCAGGCUCUCGGGCGGGAACACACUUCGCAGAGACUUUUCCCCGACAAACUUGCAGAGUCUCUGGAGGACGGCCUGAAGGCCCCGGAGUGCGCCAGCGGCAUGUACAAAGACACCGUCUACUCCGCCUUCAAUCUGCUCAUGCACUACCCACCCCCCUCCGGAGCAGGGCAGCACCCCCAGCCGCAGCCCCCGCUGCACAACAAGGCCAGUCAGCCCACCCACGGUGUCCCCCAACUCUCUCCUCUCUAUGAACAUUUCAGCAGCCCACACCCCACACCUGCACCGGCGGAUAUCAGCCAGAAACAAGGAGUUCACAGGCCUCUACAGACUCCUGACCUCUCUGGCUUCUACUCCCUGACCUCAGGCAGCAUGGGACAGCUCCCCCACACCGUGAGCUGGCCCAGCCCUCCUCUCUACCCCCUGUCCCCUUCCUGCGGAUAUAGACAGCACUUCCCUGCCCCCACCGCAGCCCCUGGCGCCCCCUACCCCAGGUUCACCCACCCAUCCCUGAUGCUAGGCUCCGGCGUACCUGGUCACCCUGCAGCCAUCCCCCACCCGGCCAUUGUGCCGCCUUCAGGGAAGCAGGAGCUGCAGCCCUAUGACCGCACCCUGAAGACACAGGCAGAAUCCAAGGCAGAGAAGGAGGCCAAGAAGCCCACCAUCAAGAAGCCACUCAAUGCCUUCAUGCUGUACAUGAAGGAGAUGAGAGCCAAGGUCAUUGCAGAGUGCACACUCAAGGAGAGCGCUGCCAUCAACCAGAUCCUGGGCCGCAGGUGGCACGCGCUGUCACGGGAAGAACAGGCCAAGUAUUAUGAGCUGGCCCGCAAGGAGAGGCAGCUGCACAUGCAGCUUUACCCAGGCUGGUCGGCGCGAGACAACUAUGGGAAGAAGAAGAGGCGGUCAAGGGAAAAGCACCAAGAAUCCAACACAGGAGGAAAAAGAAAUGCAUUCGGUACUUACCCGGAGAAGGCCGCUGCCCCAGCCCCGUUCCUUCCGAUGACAGUGCUCUAGGCUGCCCCAGGUCCCCAGCCCCCCAGGACUCGCCCUCAUACCUCCUGCUGCCCCGCUUCCCCACAGAACUGCUUGCUAGCUCUGUGGAGCCGGCACCUACAUCACCGGGUCUCUCAGCCACUCUCAGCCUCCCAGCCCCCUGGGCCCCCACAGGACCCCCGCAGCGCCCUGCAGAACACACAGGUACAGCAACAGAAAUCUCAGAGACAGGCAGCCUAGCAUGCACAGGACACCUGCCUUCCUCCAGGGGCCCACCCUCUGAAAGGAGGCGACAGAGCCCCAAAGCACGUGGAAACCGAUUAGGGGCCCUGUUAACUCCCUCUGAGGGUCCCGGCCCUGGAGAUUUCAGAGGCUGCACAACUUCUGCCUGAACCUGGAGCCAUCAAUUCAAACUGCUCCAAGUGGUGGGAAUGAGACCUGUGUUGUGCCAUCUGAUUAAGGGUACCCCUUUGUGCCCCUGGCAGCUGCAUCCAUUCUUUUCACCAUCUGUCUUGCUAGCCAGAUGCCCCUUGCCUCUCUUGCUUUUCCGCUAUAGGACAUAGAUGGGCUGGACUGAGCCCAGCGGCUUUCCCUACCCUGCCUCCCCACCACUGCCGUGCCCUCCCCACACCAGACACUUCAUGGACCAAGAAUGAGCUGGUUUAUCAAACAACAUGUGAGCAUGGUCACAACCACAAAGCUCAAGACGACAAUGCUUCUCUCUUAAGGGCUUGGAGAAGCCCUGUUUACAGAAAACCAGCUGCUAUUCAUAAGCUGGACAAGAGGACGCCUCUUGCCACAUUCUCAGCUUACAAGAAGAGGAGGGAAUGGAGUAGGUUAAGUUUAGGCCUAUCACCCUAGGCAACAUGAAUAACCUGACACUACCUGAUCAGGCAAAAGUGUGGGUGGUGGGGGGUAUCUGGCUCUAGUUCAAAUUACUUGGAAAUGUUUCCUGAGAAACUCAACUGCCUAAGAAGCCUUGAUACCAAAGUCCCAGGCCUGUCACUAGUGGUUGCAAUCAACAGUUCAAAGAAGUCAUGGCCCAAAAUCUGGUGUGCAUCCCUCUCCAUUCUGAGAGCCUUUUUCACAGCUCUAUUUCCAGCUUAUCCACAUCAGGCUAGCCAGCUUUUGGGCAGUCAGUCGUAAGAGAGGGCAAACCAAACCUCAGGACAGCCAGUGCCUAUGUUCCAGCAUGAAACCAGGCCAGCUUCAGUUUCCCUAUGGGGCUGUAGGAAGGAGGACCAUUACAGCCAAAGCAAGGAGCCCAGAAAACCUCUAGUGGUGGACAGUGGGUUUUCACCAGAGCCUACUUUAACCCAUUUCUGAGCCAAGCUUCAACCCUGAGCCUUAAAAAACAAAAUUUUUAAUUUAACUUUGUUGUUUUUUUGCCUCCUCCUCACUGUACAUAGCCUGAAUCCAAAGAAAAAGGGCUGUCCCUGUACCCACACACCCCCCUCAACAAAAGCCUUUAGAUCCUACUUCAGCCACUGGUUUCUCAGAAUCCAAAAAUCAUAUAUUCUAGUAUAGUGUUGCAAGAAGUCUUGGGAAAGAAAAAAGGACCAUUGUAGUGUUCAAAAUAUUUUUGUAUUGUUAACGUGUCAUCAUAGAAAAACUUUUUUAACAUGAGAAUAAAGAUACUUUUUACUGGG